AUGCCUCCCCAUCGUGACAGCGCAGCAGCAACAGCAGCAGCAGCAGCAGCUGCUGCUGCUGCUGCAGCAACAACCCCUGCUGCUGCUGCUGCUGCAUCUAAUGAUGAUGAUGGCUUGACUACACAUCGCCCUACAGGAGGCUCUGUUUCUCAACAGCAGCAGCAGCAGCAUCAGCAUCACCAGCAGCAGCAACAGCAGCAGCAGCAGCAGCAGCAGCAGCAGCAGCAGCAGCGGGAGCUGCAGCGCCGCCUGAGCCGGCGCCAUCCCCUUCUCUCUAUGCGAUUCCCCUUUGGUGUCUCCCCCGACACCCCCGCCUACAGUAGCAGCAAAAAGGCACCAGCCACCGCAGCAGCAGCAGCAACAGCAGCAGCAAUAACACAAGCACCUGCAGCAGCAGCAGCAGCAGCAGCAGCAGCAGAUUCCCCUUUGGUGUCUCCCCCGACACCCCCGCCUACAGUAGCAGCAAAAAGGCAGCAGCGGCGUCAGCAGCGACAGCAGCAGCAGCAGCUGCUGCAGCAGCAAAGGCAGCAGCAGCAGCAGCAACAGCAGCAGCAGCAGCAAGCACGCCGGGGCAGCAAUGCAGCAAGACAAGAAGGGGCCUCCAAUAAGGCUGCUUCGAACAGCAACAGACGCAGCAGCAGCAGCAGCAGAAACAACAACACAGACAGCAGCAGCAGCAGCAACAGCAACAGCAGCAGCAGCAGCAGCAGCAGCAACAACUCACUCUCCUUCUGGGAGACAGCCAGACAGGCAGUGCAGGGUUGGUUUGGUGGUGGUGCUGCAGCAGCUGAUGCAGCAGCAGCAGCAGCAACACAAGCAGCAGCAGCUGCUGCUACAAUUGCUGCUGCAAGGAAAGCAGCAGCUGCUACUUCGCUUGACGAAGCAGCAGCAGCAGCAACACAAGCAGCAGCAGCUGCUGCUACAAUACUUCGCUUGACGAAGCAGCAGCAGCAGCAACACAAGCAGCAGCAGCUGCUGCUACAAGCUACUUCGCUUGACGAAGCAGCAGCAGCAGCAACACAAGCAGCAGCAGCUGCUGCUACAACUCAGACAGCAGCAGCAGCAGCAGCAGCAACAGCAGCAGCAUUCUGCUGCUGCGGUGAACCCCUCCGCAGCAACUGCUGCUGA